AGCGGCGGCGGCGGCGCUGGUGCGGGCGAGUUCGGCGGGUGCAGGUCCCGGCCUGCGCCUGCGGAGGGUCGAAGCGGGCGGCGCUCGCGACAGGCUGCGCUCCGCGAUGGUGGGCGUCCCUGGAGCGGCCGCCUUCCAGCAGAUUUGUGGAUGUGUGGGCUGACACCACCUGCAGCAAUCAUAGCCUUGAUCAGAGAGUCCAGUUCUUCAUCUCCACAAAUAGCAAGUUGCAAGUAAUGAGGGUUGGUUGUGAGAAAAGGGUGCCAGCAAUGCCUGGAUCGCCUGUGGAAGUGAAGAUACAGUCAAGAUCCUCACCUCCUGUCAUGCCACCCCUCCCACCAAUAAAUCCUGGAGGACCAAGGCCAGUGUCCUUUACUCCUACAGCAUUAAGCAAUGGCAUCAACCAUUCCCCCCCUACCCUGAAUGGUGCCCCAUCGCCACCACAGAGAUUCAGCAAUGGGCCUGCCUCCUCCACAUCAUCAGCACUAACAAAUCAACAGUUGCCAGCUACUUGUGGUGCUCGGCAACUCAGCAAGUUGAAACGCUUUCUUACUACUCUGCAACAGUUUGGCAAUGACAUCUCACCUGAGAUCGGCGAGAAGGUUCGGACUCUUGUUCUCGCCUUGGUGAACUCAACAGUGACAAUAGAAGAAUUCCAUUGCAAGCUCCAGGAGGCUACAAACUUUCCUCUUCGCCCAUUUGUGAUUCCGUUUCUCAAGGCCAACCUGCCCCUGCUGCAGCGAGAACUGCUGCACUGUGCCCGGGCUGCAAAGCAGACCCCAUCCCAGUACCUGGCCCAGCAUGAGCACCUUCUGCUCAACACCAGUAUCGCAUCUCCUGCUGACUCUUCUGAACUGCUUAUGGAGGUUCAUGGAAAUGGAAAGAGGCCCAGUCCGGAAAGGAGGGACGAGAAUAAUUUUGAAAGAGAUAUAGUUCCUUCUGAACCGCCUGCCAAGAGAGUGUGCACUAUCAGCCCUGCUCCUCGGCACAGUCCUGCCCUCACUGUUCCCCUUAUGAAUCCUGGGGCCCAGUUCCACCCUACUCCACCACCUCUUCAGCACUAUACACUAGAAGACAUUGCAACUUCUCACCUGUAUCGGGAACCGAACAAGAUGCUAGAACACCGAGAAGUUCGUGAGAGGCAUCACAAUCUUAGUCUCAAUGGAGGCUAUCAAGAUGAGUUGGUAGACCAUCGUUUGACAGAAAGGGAGUGGGCUGAUGAAUGGAAACAUCUUGACCAUGCCCUGAAUUGCAUUAUGGAAAUGGUAGAGAAAACGAGGCGCUCCAUGGCAGUUCUGAGGCGCUGUCAGGAGUCUGAUCGUGAAGAACUCAACUAUUGGAAAAGGAGAUUUAAUGAAAAUACAGAGUUGAGGAAAACUGGGACUGAGUUGGUCUCUAGGCAGCACAGCCCCGGGAGUACAGAUUCUCUCAGCAACGAUUCUCAGCGGGAAUUCACCAGUAGGCCAGCAACUGGAUAUGUGCCUGUGGAGUUUUGGAAGAAAACAGAAGAAGCUGUGAAUAAGGUGAAAAUUCAGGCCAUGUCAGAGGUACAGAAGGCUGUAGCUGAAGCAGAGCAAAAAGCCUUUGAAGUGAUCGCCACUGAGAGAGCACGAAUGGAGCAGACUAUAGCAGAUGUCAAACGGCAGGCUGCGGAAGACGCUUUCCUGGUCAUCAAUGAACAAGAGGAGUCCACAGAGAACUGCUGGAACUGUGGCCGAAAAGCUAGUGAGACGUGCAGUGGCUGCAAUAUUGCUCGCUACUGUGGUUCCUUCUGCCAGCAUAAGGACUGGGAGCGGCACCACCGCCUCUGUGGCCAGAGUCUACAUGGCCACAGUCCCCACAGCCAGAGCCGGCCACUGCUCCCUGGAGGGCGGGGCUCAGCCAGGUCUGCUGACUGCAGUGUGCCCAGCCCAGCCCUGGACAAGACCUCAGCUACCACCUCACGGUCCUCAACACCUGCCUCUGUGACAGCCAUUGAUGCCAAUGGGCUCUGAGCUACAGACCCCACCUGCCCUGAUGACCCCGCCACAUGGCAGAAUGCUUGCACCAGCGAGCUGGCUAUUAGAACAAAUAGCUGUUGGGUUAUCAGCAAGAAAUGAAGUGGCAUGAAGCAUCCAGGAGGCACUCCACAGCUCCUCUGGGAAUUUGCCACGUGUCCUUGGAAGAACUAAUGUAUCAUUCUCUGCACACAGGAAGUAGCUUGAGCUGCCUCCUCCAUGGCUUUCCUGAGGUUUCUUUUCCAGCUAAAGCUGGCAUAACCAGCCCCUUCUCAGUGUAUACACCAGCUCCCUCCUACUCCUUGCAUCAGCAGAUUGUCAGUAGUGUCCCAGCAGGCACCAGUGUCCCACACUGUCCAUAGUAGAGGCCUGGAGACUGGUAGCAGGCUUAGGAGGAGGCCCUUCCUUCCCCUGCCUUCAAACAAUUCCUUGAGCCCCAUUUCCACCUUCAGGUGAUACUGAUUGGCCUAAAAGAGACUUGGGUAGCACAAAAGCAGUACUCAGAACUCCUUUCUGAACCACUCAGAGCUGUUAAGAUGCUCAGAAAUUCAAGAAAGAAGUCACUAUUUCAGUAAAAUCUCUAGUAAUGAUAAAAAAUUAAAUUAGUCUUCCCAAGCAUCAUGGAUCAUUUUGGACAAGAUUUUCCAACCUGGCUGUCUUCGUUAGUUUGGAACCCACCCUCCAACUUCAGUGUUUCUCUUGAUUUUGCUUGUGCAAAAAAUAAUCUCCAUCGCAUGGAUUGGUCUGAGAGAGGAUGAAACCAUUGUGCUAGUCUUUUCUCUGAGCAUGCUGGCCAAACUAAAAUAUUCAGUGGAUCACCUUGGAAAUGCAAAACCCUCUGCCACUACUUGACUGUUUAAAACAGUCACCUUGUUCUAUGUGUCCUUUGCUCUCUGGGACUGUGCAUGUCUGGAUCCUUGGGGGUGUCUCUUGUGAGUAGGUUCUGUUUGGCACCUAAGCAGUGCUCCUGACCCUGAUGGGAUUAUUCACACCUGGUUUUGACACCACCUCAUAGGUUCAUUAUCAGGUGGACAUUUUUGGCAUCCUUUUUCCGUGCUGUGUCUGAUAGUGUCCCUCACAGCUCAGAGUUUGUGAAGAAUGGGAACCAUUUUUUGAAGAGUCCGACCUGUUUUUCUUCCCAUCUUCAGGAACUUUUCCAAUUACCUGAUUCUCCAAAUAGAAUUUGGAGACAUUGAUCUAUUAGUCAUUACUGGAACCCGCAGAUCAGGCUAAGUACUAUUCACAUUUUUCCUCUGCCAUCUGAAGCUUGUUAGUUGCCAGCACCUUGCCUCGGCCACUCAGUACACUCCAGCAUCUUUUUGCCCUGUGCAGUCAAUUGGGAUAAGUCAUUGCCUUUGAUCCUAUUGACUUUUGGAAGCUGUGGUCACUUUUUGUACAAUGACCAAGUCUGAAUACUAGCCCUUGCCCCAUAAAAGUAUGGAUGUAUUGUCCUUGCACACAGUUAAGGCUGAUUUAAAGAUACUGAGUCCCCAUCUUGCUGGAACAAGGGUAUUCAGACUUAGAAACUUAGACCUUUAAAAUCAUGUUAUUUUAGCAUAGAAUACCUAAGACCCACUGCUUCCCAGACAGCCUAGUGCAGCCUGGCCUCCCUGGUCCCAUCCAUCAGUCUAGUAUCCCAGCCACUGGGGACAACUUUGUUUUACUAGAUAGAGUACCAGACAGCACUUGUCCAUACUCAGACACAAAACUGUCAAGAGAAGAUCACGGGGCUUCUGUGAAUCUGAGAAUGUCUCCUGGUGUACCCUGGAUCAGUUAAUUCAUUAGUAAAUUGGAUGAACACCUUUUAAGUGUUAAACUGUUUGCCACAGGACUACUCCACAUAGUUGGAAUAAAGAUCUACAACCAGUACACCGCCACUUACCAGUUGGAGAUCAGUCUGUACAGCAAAGGUUUGGGAUACAACAUCUAGCCUACCUCUGUGGGCCACAUGGUUGGCCUGACAGAUUCUGAGUUUCUAUAGUGCUGUUGGGGACUAAGUAGUCCAAGUGGCUUCUGUGUCCUGUCUGGGUUUGUCUACAGACCCGGACAGUACUUUACACUAUAUAGUUCAAUUCUCAGACUUGCCACUGUCUUGCCUCUAGUCAGCAUCACUCUUAAAUGACAUCUGCUUAGGACUUGCUUUUCAGAUUGAAGGAGUUCCUUUCUGCAGUUCUCCAAUUCCUCCCUAGGCAGGAGCAGCAGCAGCAUCUGGGGUAAGAGCUGGAGUUACAAGUGAGUCCUGGCUCCCCACUUGAUUUCUAGUCUGCUUAUAUGACCCACUACGAGGCUGGGAGUGAGCAUAAAGUUUCAGGUGCUCAGAAGUCUGACCUCUGCAGUAACUAUUUGGGGAACAAACGUGGUCAAGGCUUGGUCACCCUGUACCAAGUUAAGGAUAAAAGUGCAAGAAGUAGACAACAAAAGUAGCCAGAAUGGGAGUCAUGUAUCAUUUCUCACUCCAUCCAGCAAAUGGUAAAGACUUGUUGAAGCUAGGUUGGGACAUGGCUUAUUUGGUAGCCUGGAUUUAAUUCCCAGUGUGACAUAAACCAGCCAUGGUGGUGCAUACCUGUAAUCCUAAUACUUAGGAGGUGGACUCAGGGGGACCAGAAGUUUAAGAUUAUCCACAGCUGCUUAGUAAGUUUGAGGCCAACCUGAGUUACAUGAGACCUAUCCCACAGAAACGCAUUGAAAGACCCUGCAGCUCCUUCAGAUUGGCUCAUGCAGGGAGGUGGUGGUGAGGGCACAGGGUGAAUGGCUUUUUCCUGAGGUACUAAGUUACGUGCUGCCACAGAUCUGAGUGGAACAACCUGUCUGCCCCCGUGAGGUCUAUCCAGGCAUUGGCUGCCAGUCUUCUGUAAUGUGGAUUCCUUUACCCAUUUGAUCCCCAGGAAGUGCUUCAAAUCUUGAUGUCAACUUUACCAUCUUUAGCUCCCAAAGCAGAAGUGUACAUUUUACUCAUAUUCUCGUCACCUCAUAGAGAGUGAAGACAUUUUUUCUGAGUGGUUCUGUGUUAGUGGUUCUCCCUGGAGCAUAAGGAAUGAGCAGAUGGCCUUCGUUCUGGAAACUGCAGACAGGAUUGUGGGUUGAAUAAACCUUUACAAAUAGGACACAUCUUGGAGGCUUACUUCAGAACUGGACUGGAACCAAGGUUUCCAGGCUCCUGGCUCAGGAGAUUAAGCCAGUGUGCUUUGAUGAAUGUUAGCUAUUUGCAGAGAACUGGGUGGUGGCAUGUUUGAACCAAAUGUGAGAAAAGCCAGAAGGAACUGAGCUGGCCAUUGUGGGCCAGAUGGCCAGCUGUGGAAAACCCUUGAUCCAGCAGCUGCUUAGCAGAUCCUGGCCACUCAAGUAUAUUCUUUUAAAGCCAAAAUGCUGACUACCUGCUGCUGCCUCAUGUUGACACCCAUUUCCUUCCAAAGAUGAUGGAGCAAGUGUGAGCCAGGAGGCGGCGGGGAUGGUGGGUGACAAUUCACUCUACUAUCUUUCCUUCCACAGCCCAAGAGGUGGGACUUCCCACUCAGACCCCAUCUUGUCAGGCCUCCAGCUGCCCAGUGUAAACUGUCAAUGCUUAUACCAAAAAGGGCAUGUGCAGCUGGUGUCUGUCAGGGACAGCCCAGUCCCUGCCUUGUAGUUCCCAGGAAGAAGCACUAAUUCAGUGAAUGGUUAAAGGGCUGUUUGAUAGAAGGCCUUCAUUCCACUCCUGUGGCUUUCCAAGUUCCUGAUGAGACUACAAAGGCUCCAUCCAUACAGAAAACCAAUAAUGUAAAUAAAAGCCACUCCUGCAAGCAUGGUUUGCAGAGGCGGGUGAUGAAUGUGAAGCCACCCGCGGGAUGCAUUUGAGUCUGGUUUUUCUGUGCUUUGUCAUUUGACUCAAUAGGAACUUUUGUUACUUAACUCUGUGCAUAACUUAUUUAAUGUACUGUAUAAAUGAACCAAAACUGUUAAAUAUGUAUUUAGUUUGUUCUACUUAAAGUAGUUAAUAAAAAUGCUAUAUUCCUUUUCUGACUCAAACUGGACUAGGCCUGGGGAAGAUUGUACAGUGGUAAAGUGCAAAUGCCGAAUGGCCUGCUGCAGGCUUCAGUAUUGUCAGGCACCAUAUUUAGACACUCACUCUUGCCUCCCCCACCCCAGGUCUUUGGUUGAAGGGGCAACGGGGCUCUAAGCAUUCCUGCUAUGGCCAGAAGAUCAUGGGAUGAGGAGUAGGGCCAGGAAGGAGGUGGACUGCUAAGGAGAAAGGUUUU